AUGGAAAGUGAUAAUGAUGAUGACAUCACUUUAUGCGCUUUGGCCAAAAAAAUUCAAGAACAAAACACAGUAAUUGAUGAUGACGAUGACAAUGUACCUCUGAUUAAUAUUGUACUUCAGAAAACAAAAAAUAUUUCUUACAAUAUAGAAACUACUGAAUUAGAAGACAAUGUACCACUAAUCAACAUUAGGAACAAAAUAAAAUGUUCAGAUAUUAUCAACAGUAACACUGAUGAAAAUAUCAGCAAAGAAAAUGAAAACAAAAGAGAAAGCAUUAAACAAAAAACAAGCCUAGACAGAAAUCCCAAACAGGCAAAGGAUCAAGAGGGGUCUCAGAAGACAAAAGAUCACAUAGGACUUAGGAGUAUAGAGGAGCAGGAUAAGUUGUCGAUGGAAGAGGGUCAGAAAACAUUACAGGAGACAGAAGGUCAAAUGAGGCUACAGAUGGAAGAGGAUCGGGAGAAAUUGCAGAGGGUAGAAGAUCAACAGGUGGUGCGGAGGACAGAAGAUCAGAGUAUGUCAAAGAGUGCAGAAGAUCAACAAGUGGUGCAGAGGGCAGAAUAUCAGGGUAUGUCAAAGAGUGCAGAAGAUCAACAGGUGGUGCAGAGGGUAGAAUAUCAGAGUAUGUCAAAGAGUGCAGAAGAUCAACAAGUGGUGCAGAGGGCAGAAUAUCAGAGUAUGUCAAAGAGUGCAGAAGAUCAACAGGUGGUGCAGAGGGUAGAAUAUCAGAGUAUGUCAAAGAGUGCAGAAGAUCAACAAGUGGUGCAGAGGGUAGAAUAUCAGGGUAUGUCAAAGAGUGCAGAAGAUCAACAGGUGGUGCAGAGGGCAGAAGAUCAGAGUAUGUCAAAGAGGGUAGUAGAUCAACAAGUGGUGCAGAGGGCAGAAGAUCAGGGUAUGCCAAAGAGGGUAGUAGAUCAGCAAGUGGUGCAGAGGGCAGAAGAUCAGGGUAUGUCAAAGAGUGCUGAAGAUCAACAGUUGGUACAGAGGGCAGAAGAUCAGGAUAUGUCAAAGAGGGUAGGAGAUCAACAGGUGGUGCAGAGGGAAGAUGAUCAGAGUAUGUCAAGGAGGGCAGAGAAACAAGGGAGCUUGCAGAGCGCUAAUGACAAAAACAAUAAUAUUUGUGAACAAGAGGUAUGCGAUGCAACAGGGACCUUUGCAGUUUCAAAUGAAGGAAGUACUAGCAUCGAUGUUUUGAUGCCUUUGUUUGAAAGUGAUAUUAACUUCGACUUUCCGGAAGUAGAAGAUCAAUUUGUAUAUGAAAUAUGUAGCACUAGUUAUGAGACUCCUGAAAUUGAAGUUAAUUCAACGCCAAAAGAAAGCUUCAAUUCAACAGACACAAGUACGACACAAGAGGAUACGGAUACAGAAAUAAGCGAAGAAGUAACAGAGUCUGAAGAAGAAAUAGUGUUAAGACAAUCUCGUCGAAGAAAGAAGAACGUUGAAAAAUGGAAACAGACCAUCCGAAAAAGAAGACGUAAUGCAGGAGAGAGUUAUGUGUCAUCUGAAGGAAAAAAUGUUUCAAAAAAAACAAUGAAACAAAUCUCUUGCAAGUGUAAAUUCAAAUGUUCUCAAAAUUUUAAUGAAGAGGAUCAAAGAUUGAUCUUCACGAAGUUUUGGCAAUUGAAUUAUGAAAAGCAACGAAGUUACAUCAAGGAAAACGUAAUAAAGACAGAUAAACGUCGGAGGACGACAAUGACAGAGUCAAGGAGAAAAAAGACUCUACAGUACUUCUUCACAGAUCGAGGAGAAAAUCGAGUGCAAGUGUGCAAGAAGACCUUUCUGUGUACGCUUGGAUUAGGAGAGCGCACUGUUCAGUAUACCUUGGGACGACAGGAGAAAAACGGCAUGGCAGAUAGAAGAGGGAGGAAGAAAGGGUACUCAAAGUUUACUCAGGAAGACAAAGAGUACAUUCGGGAACACAUACGUUCUUUCCCAACUGUAAGCUCACAUUAUUGUAGAAAAAACACUCAAAGAAGAUAUCUCUCGAAAGAUUUAUCUAUAUCAAAAAUGUACGAACUUUAUCGGGAAAAAUGUUCAGAAGAUGGAAUGGUACCAAAGAAAUUUUGGCUGUAUGAUAGAAUAUUUGGGGAAGAAUUUAAUUUGGGCUUUCAUAAGCCGAAAAAAGAUCUGUGCACCAUUUGUGAAGCUUAUAAACUGUUACCUGAUUCAGAAAAGGAGGCAUCAUCUGAAGAGCACAAGAAACACUUAAAGAGAAAAGAAAAUGCCAGAGCACAGAAACAGGCUGAUAAGUUAAGAGCUAAUGAUCAAGUUAUGGUUUUGAAUUUUGAUCUACAAAAGGUUCUUAUUACACCGCAAAUUUUUGUAUCUGAUGCCUACUACUCUAGAAAGUUGGCCACCUACAAUUUUACAAUUUAUGAUAUGAAUUCUAAAUCUGUUGUCUGUAAUAUCUGGAACGAAACAGAUGCCAAAAGAGGAAGUUGUGAAAUUGCCACAUGUUUGUUUCUAUUUAACAAGAGUGUGGGGCCAAAGGAAGAAAUUGUAUACUUUUCCGACAGUUGUACGGGACAACAACGGAACUUACAAUUCAGCACCAUGUGUUUGUACACUGUUGUUAAUCUUCCUAUAAAUGUCCUGACUCAUUACUAUUUUGAGCGUGGUCACUCUCAAAUGGAGGGGGACAGUGUGCAUGCCACAAUAGAAUGUGCAACGAAGAAAUCAGAAAUAUUCACCACAUCUGACUGGAUCACAGCGAUCAAAAAUGCAAAGCGCAAAGAUCCAAAGUACCAGGUAAAGGAACUAGGCAAUGAAAUGGUGUUGGACUUCAAAGAGUGUGCACAGAAGGUGGUGAGCUGCAAUCGUAGAAAGGAUUCCACAGGAGAGAAUGUGCAUUGGAAUAAAAUUCAUGUUUUCCAAUACAAGAAAGAAAACCCAGACACAAUUUACUUCAAGUAUGAGUUUGAUGAUGAGUUUCGAGCAAUGCCCUUACAAGGAAGAAAAAGAAAAAGUAAGGUUGAUUGUAUGCAGUUGCAUCAGUAUCCACUGAAACCGCUGUACACCCACAGAAUUCCAAUUUCUGAGGCAAAAUAUAAAGAUCUUCAAACACUCUGUCAAAGAGGUUUGAUUCCACGUGCUCACCAGGAUUUCUUCAAGGCUUUACCGCAUGAAGGAGAUACAGAUGCCUUGCCAGAACCGAACGGUUCUGAUGAAUCUGACAUUGACAAUUAAAAUGUCCCUGUCCUAGACGCAUCUAGUGCAUUUGUCAGUGACUGAUUUCAAAGUGCUUUUUUAAUUUAGAUCUUUUUUCCCAUUAAAAUGCGGAUAUUGUUACACUAUGUAAGAUUUUGGUCUAUUAUUGUUAAAAUUUUGGCUUAUUAUUGUUAAAAUUUUUAGUUACCCGGUUAAUACAUUAAUUGUUACAUUAUUGUGAGGGAGCUGCCUCUUCCUUCAAUUUUAUUCAAGAGUUGCAUGUUUGUUAGAGUUGAAUUUUUACAUUUUUUUGUUGCAAUACAAUUUCAUAUAAUUGUUAAUCUAAGAGAUAACCUGUUCUUUGAUGUUAUUGACAGAUUCAUAAUAUAAAAUGUCAAAUUUUGUUUAGAAUGAUAAUUAUACCAUUUCUAGCGAUUAUAAUUUCAAUUAUGUAAAAAAAAAAAACACUUUGUAGACAUGGUUUUUAUCAUUUUUGUUUUUUCAUUUCCUGUUGUUAUCAGUUUAGUUCAAAUAAACAUUUCAACAACUUGCUUUAGUGUAUUUUGUAUUACAUGUAUGUUAUUGCUGGUACAAGUUAUCCACUGUCUCCAUGUGCUUGGGAGAAAAUAAUCAUUCAUUUAUCUAAGGUUAAAUUUAGAGAACAUGGGGAAUAAGUUUAAAAAGGAAUUCCAGGUCCAA